GCCGCUUGUUUCUCAAAAAGACAAAACGCGUGGAAUCACAUUUUACUACAUCUUGUUAAAUAACGAAACAGUUUCUAGAAAACUUAUAUCACAUCAAUAAUGGAAUUCCUAGAAUAUAACCAUGUCACAGCUGAAAUAAAGGGAGCCAUGGUUCCUGGGAGAUUGAAAAUGACGGAUCAGAACAUAGUAUUCAAGAACAGCAAGACUGGGAAAGUAGAGCAGAUAACAGCUAAUGAUAUUGAGUUAGUGAAUUUUCAAAAAUUUAUUGGCUCUUUUGGACUCAGGAUCUUUAUGAAAAACGGCACUUUACAUAGGUUUGGCGGUUUUAAAGAAGAGGAAAGAGAAAAAGUUGCAAAAUUCUUCAAGACAAACUACAACAAAGAUAUGUUAGAAAAAGAGCUGUCACUCAAAGGAUGGAAUUGGGGCACAGCCAAAUUCAAUGGUGCUGUGCUCAGCUUUAAUGUAGGCUCCAAUACAGCUUUUGAAAUCCCUUUGCACUAUGUGUCUCAGUGCAAUACAGGGAAAAAUGAAGUAACACUUGAGUUUCAUCAGAACGAUGACACACCAGUAUCACUAAUGGAAAUGAGAUUCCACAUCCCAACUAGUGAGUUGGCGGGAGACAUGGAUGCGGUAGAGGCCUUCCAUCAGCAGGUCAUGACCAAAGCCAGUGUUAUAUCUGUCUCGGGAGAUGCUAUUGCGAUCUUCAGAGAGCUACAGUGUCUUACUCCUCGUGGUCGCUAUGACAUCAAAGUAUUUCAAACGUUCUUCCAAUUGCAUGGUAAAACAUUUGACUACAAAAUCCCGAUGUCUACAGUACUUCGGCUCUUCUUAUUACCUCACAAGGAUAUGAGACAAAUGUUCUUUGUUGUAUCUCUAGACCCACCUAUCAAGCAGGGUCAAACAAGAUAUCAUUAUUUGGUUCUAUUGUUUGGUAACGAAGAAGAGACAAGUUUGGAGCUUCCUUUUACUGAAGAAGAAUUAAAGGAGAAAUAUGAAGGCAAAAUAACAAAGGAGCUGUCAGGGCCUACAUACGAGGUGCUUGCCAAAAUCAUGAAAGUCAUCAUUAAUCGACGAGUUACUGGACCAGGAGAUUUUUUGGGUCACCACAAAACGCCCGCCAUUGCCUGUUCGUACAAAGCAGCCGCUGGCUACUUGUACCCACUCGAGAAAGGAUUUAUUUAUGUGCACAAGCCACCUGUGCACAUUCGUUUCGAGGAAAUCGCGUCGGUCAACUUCGCUCGUGGAGGAGCUUCUUCUACCAAGUCUUUCGACUUCGAGAUCGAACUCAAAACAGGCACCACGCACACGUUCAGCAGCAUUGAAAAGGGAGAAUACGACAAACUGUUCGAUUACAUCACCUCUAAAAAACUGCACGUUAAAAAUACUGGCAAAAAUGAUAAAGCUCUGUAUGACGAUGACUUCGGGGAUUCAGACACAGAGAAAGAGCCGGAUGCGUAUCUCGAACGCGUCAAGGCAGAGGCUAAGGAACGCGAUUCGGAUGACAGCGAUGGUUCCGAUGAAAGUACCGACGAGGACUUCAAUCCGGACAAGGCUAAAGAAAGCGAUGUUGCCGAGGAAUACGAUACGAACCCGUCGUCGUCGGAGGACUCGGACGCAUCAGGGGGCUCCGGCGACAGCAAGAAGGAGAAGAAGAAAGAAAAGAAGCCAAAGAAAGCCAAGACGAUCUCAGAAACGCCACGCAAGCGCAAAGACAAGUCGAAGAAACGCGAGAAAGACGUGAACGCGCCUAAACGUCCGGCCACAGCGUUUAUGUUAUGGCUUAACGAGAGCCGCAAGAAGAUCAUCGAUGACAACCCUGGCAUUAAGGUCACAGAGGAAUACAACCAAGCUAUGAAGAAAUAUAAAGACAGUGGCGCUGCUGACGAGUUUAAGAAGAAGACCAAGCAAGCCCAGAAGGAACGUAAACAGGCCGAGAAAAAAGUUUCCAAACCCAGUACAGCGAAAAAGCAGGUAAAGAACACGAGCGCAGGGUCUGGAGGGAAGUUUACUAGUAAGGAGUAUAUUGACGAUGAUACCAGCUCUUCAGAUUCGGAGAAGGAGAAAGAUAAGAAAAAGGAUAGCAAGGAUAGCAAAGAUACGAAGAAAGAAAAAUCAAAAAGUUCAUCUUCUGAGGCAGACGCGUCCAUGGGGUCGGCAGAUGAAAGCGGAAGUGGGAGCGGAAGUGAUUAAAAUCUCAACUCUAUUACUUUAUGUGAAUUUCAAUUACGACAAAAAUGUACGACAAGUAACACAAACCGUCUGUUUACAACUUUUUUUGGUUUAGAACUCAAUCAUGAUCAAUUUCAUGAACCGUCUUUACGUUGCUUUAUUAAUGGUAUAUCCAAUACAUGUAUUUUGAAAAUUCUAUCGCCGAUUGUAAAUACAUGAACUUUUCUUUAAUUAUAAUGUUAUUGCCAAAAUUGGGGGAUUUACUUAUUUAUAUGUAAAUUUCCGGUUUCUUUAAAUUUAACAAUUCCUUAGAAAUUAAGCAUCGAUAAUUUAAUUAAGUCAAAUGUAUGGCAGGUCCUAUAUUAUAAUCAUUGUCGCAGGUAUUGCUAAUUAGUGCACUAUACUAUAAGAACCAUAGAUUCUCUUUUUAUUAUUAUUGUAUCUUUUGUUUUGAGAGUCGAAAGUAUUGUGAUAUUUCUAAAUCCAUUCCCAUUAAUCCAUUAAUAUUUCUUAUCAAUAAAUAUGUAAAUAUAUGAAACUCC